AUGUCUGGUUCAUUAAGAGAGGCAAAGGUAAAAUCUUCAACAACAACAUUUCCAGUAUAUGAAACAGCUCCAACAGAUGAUUUACCUCCUAUACCUAACAAUUUAAAUGCCUCAAGUACGCCUUUUAAUGAAAGUAAAGAAAAACAAAAAUUAGGGCAUAGAAGAAUAGAUAGACAAGGUGAAGUGUCUUAUAAAAAAGUGCCAACAAAUGCAUUGAUGGGUGCUGUCCAAUUAGGGAUAACAAACUCAAUUGGAUCAUUGGCUAAUAAACCAGAACGUGAUAUACUAAUGAGUGAUUUUCAAGAAAUUUUAUCAGUUGCUUUUCCAAGUGAAGGUUCAAUACAAACUCCUUCACAUCAGUACAAUGAUUUUCGUUUUAAAACAUAUGCACCAAUUGCUUUUCGUUAUUUUAGAGAAAUGUUUAAUAUUAAACCUGCUGAUUUUUUACGAUCAUUAUGUACUCAACCACUACGAGAACUUUCAAAUCCUGGAGCAUCGGGAUCUGUUUUUUAUGUUUCUUCAGAUGACAAAUUUAUUAUAAAAACAGUUCAGUAUAAAGAAGCUGAGUUUUUACGUGAAUUAUUACCUGGUUAUUAUAUGAAUAUAUGUCAAAAUCCAAAAACAUUCCUACCUAAAUUUUUUGGCCUUUUUUGUUAUCAGAGUUUAGGAAAAAAUAUUCGACUACUAGUUAUGAAUAAUCUUUUACCACAAACUAUAACAUUACAUGAUAAAUUUGAUUUAAAAGGAUCUACUUAUAAACGAUAUGCUUCCAAGGCUGAAAAAUCAAAAAAAAGUCCAACAUUAAAAGAUUUAGAUUUUAAUGAAAUUUAUCCAGAUGAAAGAGAUUGUUUAGUUUUACGUUCAUUUCAAAUAAUGGAUUAUUCAUUGUUAUUGGCUGUACAUAAUUUAGAUAGAGCUACAUUAGAAGAAUUUGAAGCAGAAGCUAAUGAAGGACAUGAAAUUGAAGGAAAUUAUAAUCCUCAAGAUACUAUUAGUAGUCAUACAAGUUUAAUAAGGUUAGAAAAAUGGAAGAGGAUUCAAUCUCAAUUUAAUUCAAGUUUGUCUUCAGCAGAACAGGGUAUUCCUGCAAUGAAUAGUAAAGGAGAACAUUUGUUGCUUUUUAUGGGAAUAAUCGAUAUUCUCCAAAGAUAUAAAUUAAUAAAAAAAUUAGAACAUACAUGGAAAAGUAUUUUACAUGAUGGUGAUUCUAUAUCUGUUCAUAGACCUGAUUUUUAUAAGAAUCGUUUUCAAAAGUAUAUCUUUCAUACAUGUUUUAAGAGAAGUGAAACUGGUCCUCCAACAAUGAAAUCUUCCCAUAAAUUUAGAUCUCUUGUUCAAAGUUAUUUAGCAAUGCGACAAUCGCCAAUUACACGUUCAAAUAAGUCAAUUCCAACGUCAAAUUUUGCUAUUGAUGAAAAAGAAGAAGAUGAAAUAGAUUCAAGAAAGUUAUCAAUAGAUCAUGCUCCUUCUUUGUACCCAACAAGGUCAUCUCUUUCAAAUCGAGCGAGGAAAGUGGAGCGUUUAUUUGCUUCAUCAUCAGCAGAACCAACAGAUGUGGCAUCGCGUUUUAACAAUACAUCACCCAAAUCCAGCUUGUCAUAA